CCGGCGAGGGGCGGCCCGGGACGGCGUGCCGGGGGCCGCACUUAUUUAUUUAUUUUGUGCACAGUCUCCCUCCUGCGCCUGCGAAACGGAGAAACAAUCCGGGGCUGGAACCCGCUCAAAAAAAAAAAAAAAAAAAAAAGGGAAAAAAAAAGAGAGAGAGAGAGAAAGAAAAGGAAGAAAUUGCAGCAGCCGGCCCAGCCCUGCGCCGCGCUCGCCCGUCGGAGUCGCGAGAGCCUUCCUCCUCCCUCGCGCUCGCCCCGCGCUGCCCGCACAGCCCCGCUCCCUCUUCCUCCCUCCGCCUCUCGCCGGCUCCCUCCCGCCUCCCGCCAAGGUGGACGUCGCGCUGCCGCCGCCGAGACGCUGCCGCUGCCGCUGCCGCUGCCGCUGCCGUGGAGCAGCCGCCGUCGCCAGCCGCCGCCAGCCGCCCCGCUCCUCGCUCACCGCCUCCGCCGCGCUCCUCGCCCCGCUGCCCCAUGCAAGCCUGAGGAGGCUCUCGGCCAAGGAGCGGCGCGGGCCAGGAUGCUGCCGGACGCCGCCGCGCCGCUGCUGCUGCUGCUGCUGGCCGGCCUGCGCUCGGCGGCGGGAGGAGGAGCGGCGGGCUACGCGCAGGUGAAAUACCUGCAGCCCAUGGUGAAAGGCCCCCUGGGCCCCCCGUUCCGGGAAGGCAAAGGGCAGUACCUAGACGUGCCGCCGAUGCUGCCAAUGGACCUCAAAGGGGAGCCAGGACCGCCAGGGAAGCCAGGCCCACGCGGGCCCCCCGGCCCCCCCGGCUACCCGGGAAAGCCAGGCACGGGGAAACCAGGAAUGCACGGCCAGCCCGGGCCCGCCGGGCCCCCCGGCUUCUCGGGGAUCGGGAAACCCGGCAUCCCAGGACUCCCAGGAAAAGCGGGUAUGAAAGGGAUGCCCGGAGCCAAAGGCGAACCCGGCAUGAGAGGAGAGCAAGGGCCCAGGGGACUGCCGGGCCCCCCGGGACUGCCGGGGCCAGCAGGCAUCUCCGUCAACGGGAAACCGGGCCCCCAGGGCGGCCCCGGCCUGCCGGGGUUUCGGGGCGAGCCCGGCCCGAAAGGGGAGCCCGGUCCUCGCGGAGAGCGAGGCCUGAAGGGUGAAAACGGCGUGGGGAAGCCAGGCGUGCCGGGGCCCCGGGGGAACGGGGGCCCUCCCGGCCCCGCGGGGCCCCCAGGGCCCGCCGGCGUGGGGAAGCCCGGCCUCGACGGCCUGCCGGGCGCUCCGGGGGAGAAGGGCGACAUGGGCCCGCCGGGAGGGCCCGGGGUCAACGGGGAGCCGGGCCCCAUUGGGCCCCGGGGCCCCCCCGGCGUCGACGGGAUCGGCAUCCCCGGCGUGGCGGGAGUGCCGGGGAUACAGGGCCCCACGGGACCCAAGGGAGAACCCGGGAUCCGCGGCCUCCCCGGCUUGCCCGGGCCCACGGGCUACGGGAAGCCGGGCUUGCCCGGCCUCAAAGGAGACCGCGGGCAGCCCGGCGUGCCGGGGGGCAUCGGCGAUAAAGGGGAACCCGGUGUCGACGGGGAGCCGGGGGAGCCGGGCCCCGCGGGCGUCAUCGGGCCGCCGGGGCCGCCGGGGUCCAUGGGGCUGCCGGGCAAGCACGGGCUGCCGGGCUCCAAAGGCGACGUGGGGCCGAGCGGCCCCCCGGGAAUGCCGGGGAUGCGCGGCGACCAGGGCCCCAACGGCUUCGCGGGGAAGCCGGGGGUGCCGGGAGAAAGGGGUCUGCCCGGGUCGCAGGGCCCCCCCGGGCCGACGGGCCCCAAAGGGGAGCCGGGUUUCAUCGGCCUCCCGGGGGUGCCGGGAUUAACGGGCGGUCCCGGGCCGAAAGGGGACGGCGGGAUCCCGGGGCAGCCCGGCCUGCGGGGCCCCUCGGGCAUCCCGGGCUUGCAGGGGCCCGCGGGGCCCAUGGGGCCGCAGGGGCUCCCGGGGCUGAAGGGGGAGCCCGGCCUCCCGGGGGCUCCCGGCGAGGGGAAGGCCGGCGAGCCCGGCAUGGCCGGACCCAUCGGCCCGCCGGGAAUGCCGGGAACGCCGGGGCUGAACGGGCCGCCGGGCCCCCCCGGUCCCCCGGGGCCGCCGGGAGCGCCGGGGGUCUUCGACGAGACGGGCAUCGCGGGGCUGCACCUGCCCGACGGAGGCGUGGAGGGGGCCGUGCUGGGCAACGGCAAGCCGGGGAAGCCGCAGUACGGCCGGGGAGAGCUCUCCGCCCGCAUCGCGCCCGCCUUCACCGCCAUUCUCACCUCCCCCUUCCCGGCCUCGGGCAUGCCGGUCAAGUUCGACCGGACUUUGUAUAACGGGCACAACGGCUACAACCCCGUCACCGGGAUUUUCACCUGCCCCGUGUCCGGCAUCUACUACUUUGCCUACCACGUGCACGUCAAAGGGACAAACGUCUGGGUGGCGCUUUACAAGAACAACGUGCCCGCCACCUACACCUACGACGAGUACAAAAAGGGCUACCUGGACCAAGCCUCCGGCAGCGCCGUGCUCGAACUCAAGGAGAACGACCAGGUCUGGGUACAAAUGCCCUCGGACCAAGCCAACGGGCUGUACUCCACCGAGUACAUCCACUCCUCCUUCUCCGGGUUCCUGCUCUGCCCCACAUAACGGCUGUUGGGCACGUUUCCUUUUCACCCACUCUAGCCAUAAACUGUCUUUUUUGAUAAAAAAAUUAAAAUAAAAUUAAUACAAAAAGAAAAAUCACUGGGAAGAAGGCGCAAGCCGUUGUCGCGGGACCUUGCUUCAUGCUGUUUGAUCGAUGAGUCAAGAGGGUAAUCAGAAAGGAGACGUUUUUCUUUCUUUCUUUCUUUUUCGGGGGAGGGGAGAAGGGAGGGAGGGGAGCCACUUUCUCAGCAAAGUGUAUUUGAAAUAAAUUUUACCCUAGCGACUGCACAUCAAACGCAGGAACGCGCUUGGGAUGGCAAGGAUCUGGCUACGCAGAGCACUGCUCUGGGAGCCCGAGAAGGUAGUCUGGAAGAACAGACCUUUCUGGUCUGCAGUCAAGUGCCCUUGUUUCCCAUUUGGAGUACUAGUUAAAUAAAUUCAGCUGUUGUAACGGAUGGUCUAUUUGCUAACGAACACAGGAGUCCUAGGCACUUAACACAAGUAUAUACAGCAGCAGAGAUCCACGAUGGAUUGAGAAAUUUCCUUCCCAAACCAUCGUAUGCCCAAGUUUCAGUCUCAUUGAUACGUAUUUUUUUAGAUGGUACUUUGAGGCACUCUCUCUGAUUCAUUCCAGGUUCAGUGUGGUUGGAUUUAUAGUCAUAAGAAGUGGAACACUUUGCAUAAGCACCUUUUUUGUAACAAGCAAAUAUUAUUUUUAACACUUCCCCCAACAUCUUUAGGAAUAAAAACGUCCAGGCAUUGGUAUCUGGGAGGAUGACAGACGACCUUUUCCAACGCCCUUCAGGGAAGUUGGGACCUCUCUGAUGAACUAUGAUCCUCUAUCUUGCGUUAACUCAUCUACUGGCAAGUUCAAGGGCUAGUGCUAUUCUAUAUAUUUUUUUGCAGCCCAAAGACUUGCUUGGCCUUGUGAACAUGUUAUUCUCUGAUAACACGAGGACGGCACUGCAAGCCUGCCUUAUGGUGCUUCUAGCCUGGCUUAACGGAAGGUUUAGUUAUGCUUUCUUGAAAGUGCCACUUUCGGACAACUUGCUUUUAAUGUCUUACUAUUUCAAGAUGUGUAAACUUCUGCAUUGGUAUGUCCCCCUUCUUUGGGGACCUUUUAAUUAAGCAAAAAUAGCAUUCAUUCUAACUUUCCAUUCAGCCAUUUUACAACGGUGCUAUUGUCUACUUAAUAAUGUUAUUUACAAGUAUAGUGCAAUAUGUAUCUGUAAAAGUGCGCCAUUCCAGGUGCCCGUCUGUGACUUAGGUUAAAAAAUUCACAUUUGUCUGUUGUUGCCACUUUGUCUCACUAACGCUUGAAAGGUCAUCCAUCCGAGCGCGAGCUGCGAGGUUCUGGGGAAGGUGUGCGCAGAUACCGACCCUGGGCUGCUCCGGCCUCCGCUAAAGGGAGCAAUCGAACCCUGCUGCUUUGCAGGUUUUCUCAUGGUAAAAUAGUGACUGACACUUGCACUUACAGUUAAGCGAUUCUUCUCAUCCCAGGCAAGCAGAACGCUGCUGAAGUUAAUCCCGGGCAUUAUACUGAAUGUCCCUCUGCAAAGACACAUCCCUGAGAAAACAGCAACAAUUUGGUCACCAGCUGAGCAACUUUUACCCUUAAAUCUCCGUAAUGCCUAUAAUACGGCCAAAGAAACGAAACAUAGCAAGAAUGGGACUUGGGAUUAUUCUCCAGAUUGACUGUAGAAGAUAUUUAAACAUGUUUUCUUCUUCUGUUUUUUUUUUUUUCUCUUUAAGCCUAUCUUGCCUUUGUGCCUCUUGUCACCCAGGGCUUCCUCUUAAACACACACCUAUCCCUGAAAGUAAGGAACACAAAAAGGAAAUUGAAAGGCCGGCGCUCCGGCCACUGCCCUUCGGGGGCUGGUAGGCCUCUCCGUGGCCUGAUUUUAUGCCAUAAAAAAUUGGAAGCUGUGAGGCGAUGGCACUUUCACACGUCGAAACGCAGGCCCGGUGUUUCCCAUCGCACCGGCCGUUUCGAAUUCCCGAAGGCGGGGGGGGCUCAGAGCCAUUCACGUUUUGAUUGUAAUCGGUUAUUUCCCAGCUGGAAAAAGAGCCAUACAAAAACUAAAAGUGGAAGCUCAGAUGUUUCCUUCAAGCCCAAACUUGGGAGGAGGGCUCGAGGACGAGGCUGGCGUCUCCUUUAUUUAAGUGUUUUUCCUGUGAGAACAGCAAUGAACUCAAGCUGGUGACACCGAGACCCCUUGGAGCAACGGUGCCUCGUGCUUCCCAGCGCGGGGGGGUGACGCCGGCCCGCUGCCCGCGGUAGGGGAAGCAGCUUCCACAUAGAUAAUCCCUAGGGUGGAAGUUUAACGCUGUUAUUCAACAAAUCAACUUAUUUAUAGUGUGUUCUAACCUACAUUCAAUCUCUUUUUGUUCUGUUUUGUUUUAUUCCAAACUUCUGGUUCUGGCUGGCAAAAAGCAACGGCAAAAAUACUCACCAUAACCAAACAGAGACAUUAACUCGUUCGGUGCUGUAGAUACCGUUUUGCAACUCCACUUUCCCUUCAUGUGCAGAGCAUAAACCAUAAUCAACCUUCCGCAGCUAUAUAACCUGUUACAUUUACACAGUAAUUGAAAGGCAAAGAUAUUACACGCACAUAGAGUUAGGCUAGAAAAACGAUGCACAGGAUGAGGGAGGCUGUUCGCUAAACCGGAUAUUGUCAGGAAGAUUUUUUUUCUGGAGUACUGAGUACGUGAUAUUUGCCAGCAGAAAGGAUUAUUUUCUGUCGUGUGUGUGAGCGCAUGGGAUUUUGGUUUCAAUCACAAUAAUAAAAUAAAGGUUGGGUUGGAUGAAGUAUGUCUAUUUUUAAUUAUGAAAACUGCAUUACAAUGUGCAUUUUUAUAUACAAAUUCUUACUAUUUUUUUUAAAUUUGCCUCUAGUAUCUUCAUUUCUAACCUAGUAUAUAGAGGUUUUUAGUUUUGUAAAUACUUAUUACAUGCACUGUCUGUCAUAGUAAAAGUUGGUUUAAAAUGCACUCUUUUUGUGAUCAGAAACUGGCCUUCUCUUCAGAACUAAAACUACAGUACUUGAUUGUAUUGACAAAACAUCAAUAAAACUUAUUGUACAAAAGGC